AAUGUCUUGGAUAAAAAGCCUAUCAUCCGUUUUGUUCCAUUGCCAGUACCUGAACCAUGUGAUGCUUCUGAAUUCCAUUUGACGUUUGAGAAUCUAACCCCAAGACCACACCGUCAUGUGACGAUAUUCAAUGAUUUGAUCAAGUUUGUUGAGUUAGAUUUUCAUGUGCAAGAUGCUUUCUGCAACAUGAAGCGAGGAAAAGAUUAUGGUUGGAUGGCUAGGACCUGGAGUAGAUCGAUUUAUUCAGAUAUUUGGCAUGAUGGUCUGACGUUUGAUACAUCUGAGUUAUCUUUCAGUGAUUCAAGUUUGCCGAAUCUUUUACCUGAGAUGUUUGAUGACAAAAACAGUUUGACAUGGGGGAAUUUGACCAGUGCUGGGCCUACAUUAAGCUUGCACGAUGACAAUGUUAUUUACAUUAUGGCGAAGGAGAGCAUGUGCCACCGGACAGCAUAUGUACUUGCUGUGAAUGGUAAAAGUUUGAAGCUUGAGUCUGGUGCGCCUUGCUCUGCUGAAAACAUGUUGUGGUUUGAACCAACCUAUGAUCCGUGUGUUCUUUUUAGGUCUUUUGGCACAACUUCAGAGUCGGUUAAAGAAUUUGAAACCAAAGGGACAAUAUCUGAAACCAAGGAAGGGCUGGCUCUCUCAGUGGUGUCGAAGCGUCUUCGCGCGCUGCGGAAGAAGCAGGAUCGCAUUGCGCAGAUGGAGGAGUCGGUCGCCUCCGGCAAGGUGCUUAACCAGGACCAGAAGGAGGUGAUGCAUUCAAAGCCCACCAUCGCCGCGCUCAUUGACGAGCUCGAGCGCCUCCGCGUGCCACUCUCCACUGCCCUCACCAAGGAGCUCUCCACCGUCCCUGCACCUGCUGCCGGUUCCUCAUCCUUUGGCUCCGAUUUGUCCAUCCAAGACCUCCUCGCGCUUGUCUACUUUGGCUCCCUUUUUUAUGUCAAGUCACCAGACGAGUUCAUCACCACCAUGGUUGCACGCAAGCACGAGCGGAGCAGCUGCAUCACCUACGGCUAUGUAUGGGAUGAUACCGUGGACCUGCUUACGGAGAACGACCUUGAUGCAGUGUCUGCUGUGGCGGCCCUUGCCACGGCUCGCCCUGCUUCUGCGGUUGGCGUCUCCCACCAUGACGCACUCCAGGCCUGUGCCCAUCAUGCCCGCCUAUGGCUCACCCGUGCUGAUGUGCCGAUCCACCCUGGCUCCUCUGUUACAUAUGCUGCGGUGAGGUCCAAGUUAGACAGGAUCAUGGCAUCGGACUACUACACGGCGCACCAUGGAUCUGAAAGUGUGCAGGCACUGAUGAGCAUGACUGUCUCACCAGAGGCACCAUCACUUAAGGAGAACAUAGCUGCUGAAGGUCACAAGGAGGAGGAGGAAGACUCCUCGCAUGCCACAGAAAUCUACAAUGGUCAUCAGUCUAAUGCAGCCGAUGUGCAAAAUAUGGAAGGUAAAUCCCCGGUGAACCCUCAUGACGAAUAUCCCUUGGCUGAGGCAGAGCAGGAGAAGUUUGAUGUGGAAGAACAAGAUCAGAGGUAUGCCGAGCCAAAAGAGCGACAGUUUCAGCGCCCUCGGCGAUCUUUUCAGAACCAGCGAGGUGGUGAUCGUGGCAGGAGGGGGGCUUACCCUAAUGGCCAUGGCAGGCAUGGAGGCGGCCGUGGCAUGGGCAGCGCAUACCAGAAUGGGCGUGGAGGAGGUGGUGGUGGUGGAUACCAAGGAGGCGGUGGUGAGUACCAGAAUGGCUGGGGUGGUGGUGGCGGAUACCAGGGCGGGUACCAGAAUUGCCGGGGUGGUGGUGGUGGAUACCAGGGCGGGUACCAGAAUGGCAGUGGUGCUGGUGGUGCACACCAGGGCGGGUACCUGAAUGGCAGGGGUGGUGGCGGACACCAGGGCGGGUACCAGAAUGGCCGGGGUGGUGGUGGCAGAGGCGGGGGCGGGGGCGGGGGCGGGUACUACAACAACAACGAUGAUGGGUACUACCAGCCUAGUAACUUCAACAACAGGGGCAGGGGCGCAGGGAGGUGGCCACGCAAACACCGAGAGGGUUGAGGCAAGGGCAUAUCUGGAAGUCUGGGAGCCAUUUUGUUAUUAUAUAUAACUAACUAACUUAACCUGUCGGUAUUUGCAAUCCAAUCCGUCCCCAUCUGUGAGUUUUUUUGUCGCUGUAAUGAGUGCAUAUGGUUGGUUGGUAAAUGUGGAAUCUCGUUGAAAGUAGCUUCAGGUCACAUAUGUUCAUAUCGAUGUGUUGCUUCUUUUUCCGGAUGUGUGGGUCGUCAUAUAUUUCUUGUUGGUUU